UCAAUUUAAACAUAAACUAAAUUGAUCUGAAGCAAAAUUGCGCUUGAACUUUGUCGCUAAUCAGAAAAGUCAUUGUUUGUUUUUGAUUUUCGAAGCGCCCCCAAUCGGCUCGAGACGUCUACUUCACAAAGCUGACGGUUGACAUCCCUCGGAAUUUUAUUCUUCAAGAAAAAUACUGAUUGUUGAAGUUGGUAACUGAUGCCUAACUUUGACAUAUCCAUCAAACAAGUAUAGUUUAAAUCCCAUAUUGACUGUGUUCAGACAGUGAUUUGACAGUGCUUGAUUAUAAUACUUUUUUCACAACUUGUAUCACAUUGGAGUUACAGAGUUGUAAGUGGUUGAAGAGCAUUUGAUUGCAGUUAAGUGAAGGUGUUUUAGGUGUGCAGCUGUGCUGCUACUAGCAGAGUAAGCAGAUACCAUGGCAUCUGUAAAGAUGGAUAAUGCUGCGAACCAUUCUAGUCCAGGAAUGAAUGAUCUCAAGGGAGAAAAUAAUGAUCAAGGUUGGAAGACAAAGUUAAAAGUCCCACCAAAGGACACAAGAGUUAAAACUACAGAUGUAACUAAUACAAAAGGAAAUGAAUUUGAGGACUUUUGCCUGAAACGUGACUUAUUGAUGGGAAUUUUCGAGAAAGGAUGGGAGUCUCCCUCCCCUAUACAAGAGGCUAGUAUACCAAUUGCUCUGACAGGCAGGGAUAUUCUUGCUAGAGCCAAGAAUGGAACAGGAAAGACUGGGGCCUAUGCAAUACCGAUUUUGGAGCGGGUAGAUAAUACUAAAGACGAAGUGCAAGCUUUAUGUGUUGUCCCUACCAGAGAGUUGGCAUUACAAACUAGUCAGAUUCUGAUUGAACUUUCCAAACAUAUCGGGGCCAAAGUUAUGGUGACCACUGGUGGAACAAACCUUAAAGAUGACAUUAUGAGAUUGUAUGAGCCUGUACAUGUUAUAGUAGCUACUCCAGGCAGAAUCCUUGAUUUAAUGAAUAAAAACCUGGUCAAGAUUGGUAAAUGUGGCAUUCUUAUUUUAGAUGAGGCUGAUAAAUUGUUAUCUCAGGAUUUUAAAGGCAUGUUAGAUAGUAUCAUUAGCCAUCUUCCAAAUGACAGACAGAUCUUGUUAUACUCUGCUACAUUUCCUCUCUCUGUUGAACAGUUCAUGAGAAAAUACCUUCACAGUCCAUAUGAGAUUAACCUGAUGGAUGAGUUGACAUUAAAAGGUGUUACACAGUACUAUGCCUUUGUGCAGGAGAAACAGAAAGUUCACUGUUUAAAUACCCUUUUCUCUAAGUUGCAAAUUAACCAGUCCAUUAUAUUCUGCAACUCUACACAACGUGUUGAGCUUCUUGCCAAAAAGAUUACAGAGUUAGGGUAUUCAUGUUUCUAUAUCCAUGCUAGAAUGAACCAACAACAUAGAAAUCGUGUGUUCCAUGACUUCAGACAGGGACUGUGCAGAAAUCUUGUGUGCUCUGAUUUGUUCACAAGAGGUAUUGACAUCCAAGCAGUAAAUGUUGUGAUCAACUUUGACUUCCCGAAACACGCAGAGACAUAUCUCCAUAGAAUUGGUAGAUCAGGCAGAUAUGGUCAUCUUGGUAUUGCUAUCAACCUUAUUACAUAUGAUGACAGAUUUUCAUUACACAAGAUUGAGAGUGAACUGGGCACUGAGAUUAAACCAAUCCCUAAAAACAUUGACAAAGCUCUCUAUGUUGCUGAAUUUCAUACCGAACCAGACAUGGACGACGAUGAUCACCCACAGAAAACAGCUAAUGGUGCACCAAAGGGAUAGGAAUCAUCAACACUAGAAUGUUUUUCACUUUGGAGUCCCGACAUCAUUUACAACUUCCAUCUGUGUUAAAGUGCUAGAUUAUGGAAUUCUUAGUGAAUGUGUUUGAAGUGAAAAUAGUGUACAUACAGCAAAGGGUUGAAAUUUUUCUGGGUGCAAAUAGUUUCGAAGAAAGGUUUUCAGCCCAAUUCAAGUUUGAAAAAAAAAAUUCAUGGGCAUUGUCUCCUUUUGAAGAAAAUUUGGAACUACAUGUAGUUAGGUAAAAAGGAAAAGCACCCAAGCAUGAUGUUUUAAGUAAAGCUCAAAAUUAAUAUGUAUAGAAAUUUGAUUGCCAAAAUUUUGUAAUUAAGGUAAACAAAGUUAAUAUUUAUGUAAGGUUAUAGCAUUUAAUGUGAAACAAAUUAUUUUGCAGCUAAGAAGCAAUUAUUUCGAAAUUCGAGGAAGAAAAAAGUAAUAAUAGCGAAAGAUCAAAAUGGAAGUCUGCUUAUGUUGCAUAUAGGGCAUAGUUGAUACUAGUGUAUUUAAAGAGAUGAUAAAUUUAACUUUGGGUUAUUUAUAAAGAAAAAUACCAAUAUUGAAUGAUAAUAAGCCUGUGUUUUUGACUUGAUGUGAUAUUUUAAAUGAAAAUACUUGUGCUUUUUGAUUGUAAUAAUUUGUAGAUUACCAGGGUGGGAGAAGAUAAGCUUUUUCACUGAUAUAAUAAUGGUAUUUUAAUGUUAUCCUGUGGCCUAUAUGCUUCAUCAACAGACUUUCUUUACUAUUUAUAAGAUAAAAAUUGAGUACAUGUGAUGAUAUGCAACACUUGUUAUAUACAGGUGAACUUUAAUUAGUUCACUGUUUUUAGAAACUUCUGACUACUGUUUAUAUAAAUGAAUGCCAGUUCAGUUCUAUGAAAAGCGUUUUAUUUGAUUAAGUGGUAAUGACAAUGUUCAGUUAGACUUUCAUUUGGAAACACAAAAUUAUUAAUUUUGUGGUGUUGAACUAUUUUAAAAGCUUUAUCAAAUUUAAUAUAUGGACAGUUAAACAGUUUAUAUACAUUGAAGUAUUGUGUACCUUAAGAAAAAUGUUACCUAAUGUAAUAAUGGUGGGAGGCUUAUUUGCUAUGUAAAACAACAAAAACACCAAAAAUGUGUUGAAGAAAUAAUGUUAGAUUUGUUAUAAAAUAAACAUUGUCUUGCUGCCAUAUCUAGAAAAGGCUGAACUGUUUGACCGUUUAAUUUGACAGAUAAAAAAAGAAACUGAACUGGUUUUCAUUCAUGUAGACUUCACAGACCUUAGAUAAAGGCAGCAAUAUAAAAUCAUUAUUUCACCACAAUUCUCUCAUCUUUUUUGUAUUUCAAUCAGACUUAAUGUCUUGAUUUUUAUUUCACCAGCCUUAUUUUGUAUUUGAGAUAAUUUGAUACCCCCCACUGUAACUGUCCACUCACUAUCUGAACACAGUCAAUAUUAAAUGUCUUACAUACAAAACCCUUGCAACCUCAUAUUUUGAUUACGCAGAUUUACCAAGUUGAACAAUAAGGAGUAAACACAAAAACAAACUUUGAUUGAUGACAUUGUUCUUUUUUAUUGUUGCAAAAUUUUUAUGUAGGUUUUUUUGGUAAUUCUUCAGUAAGUGUUAAGGGAAAAAAAGAGAAAACUUUUUUGAUAAAAUCAUCAUAUAUAUGUAAAAUGAUAUAAUUACUAAAAAUCUUACUCUUUGACAACAAGGAAUGUGUAACAAAGAUAAAGUUCUCAAUUUUUCUCAAAAACUCCUUUAGCAAACAAUUACAAACUUGACAAGACAGACUUUUUUUCUCCAAUUAAAAAUGAGGGCAUUAAAGCUCAUUUCAGUUGCUUUGAUAUUUGAACCAUAAAAUUUAUCUUACUGAACUUAUCAGUCACUGUAUUUUAAUUGAGGAAAAUGUUUAUUGUUGUUAGAAUUCUGUAGUUAUUGACUGUGGUUCAGUGAUUUUGUUGUCGGGAAGAAGUUCUGUUUUGUUUGCAGCAAUAUUGGUUAUAUGAAGGGCAGAUACUUUUAUUGUUAUACAAUAUCAAGUUGAUUAAUUUAGCCCCACACAAAUUAAGGUAGUCAAGUUUGUCACUUAAGCUGGCAGGUAAAAUGCAAUGUUUCUGAAACCUGGGGAUUUUAACCAAUGAAAAUCUAUUUGAAGUUAUAUAGCAAUAAAGUUCUCCCUCUUAUUUUUAAGAAACUUAAGUUUGUGAUUGUUUGCAAGUGCUACAGUAAUUGGUUUCAUAUAUUAUUUUCAUGAUUUUUUCAUCUUUUACUCAAAGGAAAACUAGAAAGAAUAAAUUGUGAUAAUUUGUUAUGGGCCUGAUUUUGUAAAAAAAAACUUGCAAUAUAUUCUGUAUUUUACCUAGCUAACUUUUUGUAGGUCUGUUGAAGUUACGUUUAUUAGGAGUUUGAAUUAUGUUAAAGAUAUACUAUGCUCAUCUUUGAGUAAAAUAUUUUUAUUGCGAAAUUUAGUGAAAUCUAUAAAAAUUCUUCCUGAAUAUGUCUUAUUUAAAUCAAAGAACGUACAAACUAUGUAUGAGAAUCUGCGUUCCUUGUUACGGGUAAAAAAAAGCUGGUCCUUUCUAAAAAAAACACAAAAAAACUGCCAGUUUUUUUAAUGACGGUAUGUCCACUUACAGUGUGUAGGAUUUAAAUCACAACAUAUCUACUUAGUGUGAAGUUAAAAGGUAUUAUUUUAUAUUUACAAAAAGACUUUGUAGCAAUAAUCAGUGUCUUCAUAUAUCAAAUUUGAGCAUAGUAUAUUUUCAAGUACAUUCUAAGAAUUAUGAGCAUGAUGUUUUUUAAGUUGUUUGUAUGAAAAUUGUUAAGGGCAUUCGGUGGUUUUAGAUAAGUAAGCUAAAAUUUCUUCUGCUUUUCCUUUGAUAGAACUUGAGAACUUCAUAGAUGUAAAUAAUGUAAAUUAUUCUAUUUUUGUAUAGAAAGAUGUUUAAUCAUUUGUAGAGAACAAUGAUUAGUUUGACCUGUUAACACAUGGUGCACUCUAAGAAAUAGAGUUUAAUUUUUGUUUUGAAGGAAUUCAGUGUUUCAGUACAGUUUUGUGGCACCAUGGCAAAAACUUCAUACAUUUUCAAGAACUGGUGUAUUUUUAAAAUAUGCUGGAACUUAUGUGAAUAAAAGGGAAGUGUCUAGUUGCCAUUUUUGUGUUCAGCAAGUCGAAACUUUUUAUAUAAAACCAGGGAUUUUCUAGAGCAAAACAAAAUUAAGACUUGUUUUAUGAAGAAGAAAAUAAACAGUUGUAUUAUUAUAUUGACAGCUCCUCUUAGAUGUAUUGUAGUUUAUUUAGAAAGUGAAUAUUAUCAUAAUGCCAGCGUAAAUGGAAUUUGAGACUUGAUUUUAUGAUUACAAGAGGGAAAAGUGAAGAGACAUAUUUAUUAGGAUAUCUAAGAAUGAGACUAAUCUUACAAUGUGUAUUUAUAGAAAUGUAGAGCUCUUUUUUUUACAAUACCUGGUGUACCAGAUACUGACUGGUUAUAUGAAUUACAAGUGGUGAAAAAUCUAGGAACAAUGUCUCGAAAUCAUCAGAACCAAACUUGUAGUCACAUGUUUAUAUAAGCUGUGGCAAUAUGGUUGUGUAAAACAACUUGCAUAGGGAUAGUAUACUGAGAUUGACAGUUGAAAAAUGCUACCCUUUUAUGUCAAUGUAAUUAGGGCAUAUGCCUUUCCAUUUAUGUAGUUACAGUGAUUUUGAAAUCAAAGAGUUACGAAAAAUUGCCACCGGUCAUUUGUUGCUGGUGGUAUGAUGAGAACAGCAAGAGAUAUUAAAUGUGAAAGAUUUAAGACAAGUGUCAGAAGUGCAUUUUUUUCAUAUGAAUAAAACCGUGUUUUUAGGAAAAAGGGAAAGACAGAAGAAUAGAUAACGAAAAAAAAACAAAUAAGUGUCACUUUUCAACUGAUCUCAUUUUGUGCUGAAAUGAUGGUAUUAACAAAAAAAGCUGACUUCUUGUCUUGUGUCAGCUCCUUGGACAAACAUCAGUGAUAUCUGACAAGAAGUAGAAAGAAUGGCAUAUCCAGGAAGACUCGAGUCAUCACAUAUAUACAUUCAUUACUUGUGUAGAAAGCCAUAGGUUUCUCGUGAAGCUAGCAAGUGUCUAAAACAAUACAUUUAGAAUUCUAUGGAUUUCUGUGCAUAUUUUUCAUAUAGUCAUAAAACUUGAUAGAAUUGCAGUAUUGAAUGACUUGAAUGAUUUUUUGUAUACAAUUCUGUGUUUUAUACAAAACUUGAUUUUACAGAAGUUGUGGAGAGAUCAAACAAAGUGAAGUAAUUGGGACAAAAUCUAGGUAGAACCGGCCUAUACAUGUGGUUUUGUGCCUUAGGUUGGUUAAUAGAUUGUGAGGAAUUUGUUUUAUUUUAAAAGAGUAGAUUUGUCAAGACUUGAAAGAGGUAUAUGGUGCAAUUUCAUGCAUUUUUUGCACCAUGUAUCUUAAAGAAAUUGAGAAAAACUUUACAAAAAAAUUGUUAUUUUAAAGAUAGAUAAAAUAUAUUGGAUGUUUAUUUUAGUUUCGGCAACCUCACAUUGUCGAGGCCAAGGUCACUUGAAUAACCAUCUGAUUGUUAUCUAUCUGUGUAAGGAUUGUUAAGCUUGGCAACUUUCUUAUUUCAACAUUGGAUUACAGAAAUGUUAUUGAGAUUGUUUUUUACUAAAUGGCAAAACUUAAAAAGUUGUAUCCAGUUGAAGUUGAUUGUUGUACCAUGCCAUACAGUCUGUGUUCCUGCAACAUAGAAUUUUUCAGAAUAAUACGAGGGUUUUUUAUCAAUUUUUUUUUUUAAAGGAUAGCGAUUUAAAAGAAGUAGGGUUAUUUGGUCCCUGAAAAAUUAUGUUGUAGGAACUGUGAAAAUGCAUCAUUAUAACUAUUUACAAGCAAGUUUUACAGAAUACAAAAUGAGUAUUAACAGUUCUAUUUAUAUUCUAUAUUUUAACAUGUUUCAGGAAAGAGGUUUUGGUUGGUGUAUUAAGGGAAGUGUUGUAUAAAUCUGUAAAUCAAUGAUUUUACAGCAUUUUCUUGACUGGAAGUGUAUUCAUGUGGAAAAUUUGAUAUUGAACUGU